UAGCCCACCAUAACAUAAUUAAUUCGAUUUGAUCAUUAAAAAUUUGUACAUUUACCUCUUGCAGCUGACCUUUAUGAAAUCAUUUGAGUGUAAUACUGGGUGGCAUGAAUUUCGCGUUUCCUGUAAGAAAUAUUAGCUUCAACCUUCAACUUCCUGUUAGCGAGUCGGAAAAAGAAAACGGAACAGGGAGAGGCUCUGGAUUAAUACACUUCCAAGUUAACUCAGUGUUCUACUUUGUCUACGCUGCUACAUUGGUGAUAUCAGUCCUGGGUAACUCCUUUAUCAUUCACAUUGUACGGAAAAAUAGCACCAUGAAAACUACCACGAAUUAUCUGAUUGCGAGCCAAGCAUUUGCCGAUCUCUACUUGACAAUGAUUCAGUUGAUGAACGCUCUAGUGCCUUCGCCUGAUUUUGAAAUGCAUCUCUGGAUUGGAGGACUCGUGGGCAAAGCUACUUGCAAGUUUUUCCUUGCAAGUGUGGUAAUUUCACCGGUCUUUUCAGGGUGGAUGCUGGUUCCUAUCGCUGUCGAACGUUUCUAUGCAGUCUCUAAACCUUUCGAAUCAUCGCCAGUAUCUCAACACUUGAAGAAAACCAUAUUGUUAGUAUACACUUGGUCUGUUGCUUCUUCAGCAAAUGUCAUGGUUAAUGGAGCUGUGCUGGAAAUAGGUAGAUACCACUACUGCAGCUUGCCAUCCGGGUUGACACUUACUGAUAUCAGUUUGAGCGCUUUUAACAUCUGCAUAAUUUUAUUGAUUAUAAUAGUUCUCUACGCAAACGUUUGUCUUAAACUUUGGUCACGUGAGAUACCAGGAGAAGGAACCAAUCAAAAUCAAGGAAGCAUUGAUGCACACAAGAGAACAGCUAGAAAAGUAACACGAAUGAUGAUUAUUGUGGUUGUUUCAUAUGUACUGUGUUGGUUACCAUGUCUUGUGAUACUCACGUUACAUUUCCUUGAUAGCAUAAAAUUAAAUUUAAACACUUUUCACCUAUCAAUUUUGUUAGCUCUCGCGUUUAGUGGAACAAAUCCUUAUAUUUAUCUGACCCUUAGUCACAAUUUCAGGCAGGCAUUGAAAAGUCUACUUGAAAAUUGCUUUGAGGUAUGCAAGGCUCAGAAUGUUCCUCACUGCUCUUAUUUUCGAUCCCGGAGAAUACACUUCGAAAGAAAUAAAACAGAAAACACGUAGAUGGACGUCGCACAACGCACGGUAACUGCGUACAAUAAGGUGAAUGCGUGGUACAAUUUGCUUAAGCAAUAUCGAUUUAAAGAGGUAUUGAAUUAAUAUCAACAACGUGUGCCAUGAAAUAAUUUAGUUUUUUAUCUCAUUGAUUGUAAAAUAUUUAAAGCAGCUAAUAAAUGGUAUUUAGGAACUCAUUAACCAACAUAUAAUAUGCGUUUUUGAUCAUUAUAUGUUAA